AUGUCCCCGGGUUACUAUGCCAGAAUCCUUGGGACUGACCCUGAGCGCAAAAUCCGGCUGCCGCCCGUCCGCGGUGCGUUCUGGGGACAGGCUCAACACACACCUCUGUGCUGUGUGCUGUACGACGGCCAAACUCGCCUGCGGCACAGGCGCCCCUUGCUGCAGGACCGCAGGGCGCAGCCCACGGUCGACCGCCCGCCCCCGACCGGCGCCGUGUCGGCCCAUGGCCGCCGAACCCCACUCCUGACGACAGCCGUGAUGGCGGGACCCGGCCCAGAGCGCAGGGGCCCUCCCAGCGCGCCGGGCUCCGGCUGGGCGCUGCGCGCGCUGCUGGCGGGGCUGUGCCUGGCGGCGCUGGUGCUGUGGCUCGCCGCCCCGCAGCAGAAGAAAGGAAUCGCAGCAAGUAAUGUCAAGGACAAGUGGCUGGAUAUCUGGCUAAAGAGGUUCAAUGACACGGGCGCGGCGGCAGUUGGGCCCAGUGCGGAGGGCACUGCUUCCAGGGGGAAUGCAGCUGUGGAAGGAUUAGACAUGGAGCAAGUCCCACCCGAUGGACAGCAACCCGCUCCGAAGGCGCAUGUCGCGCCCAAGGUGGCGCUCAUGUUCCUUGGGCAAGGCCCAAUGCCCCUUGAGGCUGUGUGGCGAGCAUUCUUGGAGGCUGCAGCACGGGUGGAGCUGAAAGUCGACUUGGAACUUCCCCAAGAGGUGAACCUCGCCGAGGUGAUUGGUGGGAGCUUGAAGCCCCCUCUGGAACCUCUUCAGGAAUAUGAAUACCCUUCAAACAUUAUUCAAAAGAAGAGAAAAGAGAUAAAGCAUGGCGGUCGUCGCCGCAUUUUGCAGAGGCGGCGCAGAGCGCUGCGUCAGCAGGCAGCAGAGGGACAGGGGCAAGGGCAGGGGGUCGAUGCUCAGGUCCAGGAGAAACAAGAUCCAGGAUGCUGGGCUACCAAUGGCACAGUUCUUCAGAACGAAGUGGACAGACUGCUGGCAGUGACGUCUGGAGGUGCGGAAGUGGUGUCUGGACAGAGGCUGUUCUCCAUAUAUGUCAAUGCACCGGAAAGUCAUCACUUUCAGGAGGGGAGCGUCUUCUACGGCAGGAAGAUUCCAAAUUUGGUGGAUACCGAAGGGGCAUAUGCUCUGUUCUUGCUCGUCCAGGCACAGAUGAAUAUGCUGCAGGAGGCACUGAAAGACCCACUGAACAAGAAGUUCGUGAUGCUCUCGGACUCGACCAUUCCUGUGCACAGGCCAGAGAUUGUGUACCUGCAACUAAUCCAUGAAAAAAAGACUCGUGUCGGGGCUUGUCCACCAAAACCGGGGAAGGAAGGGGCACUUAAUCCUGGAAGGUGGAGCCCUCUAAUGAAAACCGACUUCCUCAACAAGUCGCAUUGGCGCAAGAGCUCCUUCUGGAAUGUCCUGAAUCGAGAACAUGCAGAGCUGGUCCUGGCUGACAAGCAUGUCAGCGAGCAGUUCAAGCGGUACUGCUUUUCAAACGUCAAAGAAUUGGCAGGCUACAUGCAGAACAUGACACGCAGCGCAUGUGUUGCAGAUGAGCACUUCAUACCGACAUUGUUGGCCUCAUAUGGCAUCAGCAACCAGACGGACUGCAUCGGCCGCCCAACAUGGGUUGAGUGGCCCAACAAGGGCUUCCACCCCAAGACCUUCAAGCCUGAUGAAACCAAUGUGAAACUUAUUAAGAGAAUUCAGCGGGGAUGGGGUAAAGAAUGCAAACUGGAGCCGUGCCUGGAGACUGCCAAACACUAUUUGUCCGGCGUUGGCGGAGGAAGCUGCACUCCAGAGGCUGGAGGGCCACAGCACGGCGAGCCCAGGGUCUUCACAGGGGCUGGCUUCUCCACCCAGCCAGCGAGCUGCCGUCUAUUUGCAAGGAAAUUUCCCAAAUCUGGUCUGCGAGCCGCCCUGCGGGCUCUCUUGCCUUGCGACGGCGGUGGUUUGGGAUACUGGUGCUACGAUACCAAUAUGCAGCAAUAG